UGUGCUGCUCGGCCGCCGCCGCCCACUCUCCCCCCGGACGGCCGCGCGCCCCGGCUCGAGGGCGGGCAGGGAAUAAAGGGCGGCUGCGAGGCGGGCGCGGGGCGCGGGCGGCGGGCGGCGGGCGAGCACCAGGCGGCCGAGCCCGGAUCCGCGUUCUGCGCCGAGUCAGCGCCCCGGCCGCGCGGGACCAGACAUUGAGAAUCUUGCUAGAUUAGAUACUAUCCAGCCCGACGAUCCUGCAGAUCCCAAGGACCAAGGUGCCAGAGCGUGUCCCCUGCUUCUCCACAUGGACAGCCUGCAAUGAGGACGGGAGCCAGCUGAGUGCAUGAGCUCUCAUCUGGACACUCAGAAUUGACCAGAAGACAAUCUCUCUCCUUUCAUCAGAAUUUCUCACAGACUGUUCUGCCAUGACCACAGCGCGCUACCGGCCCACCUGGGACCUGGCCCUCGACCCACUGGUGUCCUGCAAGCUCUGCCUGGGGGAGUACCCUGUGGAGCAGAUGACCACCAUUGCCCAGUGCCAGUGCAUCUUCUGUACUCUGUGCCUGAAACAGUAUGUCGAGCUCUUGAUCAAAGAAGGAUUAGAGACGGCAAUUAGCUGCCCUGAUGCCGCCUGCCCCAAGCAGGGUCACCUGCAGGAGAAUGAGAUUGAGUGCAUGGUGGCGGCUGAAAUUAUGCAACGAUAUAAAAAGCUACAGUUUGAAAGAGAGGUACUCCUGGACCCCUGUCGGACGUGGUGUCCUGCAUCUGCCUGCCAGGCUGUUUGCCAACUGCAGGAGCUCGGGCCACAGACCCCUCAGCUGGUGCAAUGCAAAGCCUGUGACAUGGAAUUCUGCUCCGCCUGCAAAGCCAGCUGGCACCCCGGCCAAGGCUGCUCAGAGACGAUGCCCAUCUCCUUCUUGCCAGGGGAGACCAGCUCUACCUUCAAGCUGGAGGAGGAUGAUGCGCCCAUCAAGCGCUGCCCCCAGUGCCGGGUCUAUAUCGAGAGAGACGAGGGCUGCGCGCAGAUGAUGUGCAGGAGCUGCAAGCACGCUUUCUGCUGGUACUGCCUUGAAUCUCUAGAUGAUGAUUUCCUCUUGAUCCAUUAUGACAAAGGUCCCUGCCGGAACAAGCUGGGUCAUUCCCGAGCAUCUGUGAUCUGGCAUCGGACACAGGUCGUGGGCAUUUUUGCUGGAUUCGGUCUCCUGCUCUUGGUGGCCUCACCAUUCCUGCUCCUGGCCACUCCCUUUGUCCUUUGCUGCAAGUGCAAGUGCAGUAAAGGCGAUGACGACCCAUUACCCACCUAGAGUGAGGCAUGAUGCUGGAAGAAGACCCCUGCCUCUGGGAAGCGUGGCUCUCCCCCACCCACCCCACUGUCCCCUUCUCACUAAACAUCUUUCUUGCCUUAUGUGCCCCAUUGAGCUUCACAGUGUCACGCCGGAUGCCGUGAUUUCAGGGACUGACGUCAGAACAUUUGCCGAGGCCCCCGGUGCAGUCCCCCAGGCAUGGGGAAGGCAAGCUGGCGUGGGUAGGGCACUUUCCCAGACUCGGUCUCUGUACCCUUGACAAGGGAGGUGCUGUAAGAAGCACAGUGGACAGUUUUCUCCCGGUGGCGAUAGACUAGGAGUGUCUGGGGGUUGCUUAAGGGACCUUCUCCCGUGAAAUGUCCUCCUUGCUCUCUGUGGCUUCAAGAUGGUACCUUGCUGCUGAGAGGAGUCUUUUAAGAAUUUCAACUCACUUCAGACUGAAUCCGAUUAUUCCCACUUGAGAAAAGCACUCUGUUUAUGACAACCGUUUUUUAUUACUAAUGGCAUUUAGUAAAAAUCCUUUUUAGAUGGCAUUGUUCUUUUCUUUUUCCAACCGAGUAGUGUAAAUCAACAAGGUGCAUCUAAACCAUCCUAUGCCUUUCUUGAAAUGUGCAUUUUAAGGAGUUAUUGCUAAACAACUUUUUCUGGCUCAGCCACUUUUCAGGAGAUUUAGAAAGCCUUAUGCUCUCUUUGUGUUGGGUUUUAUUUUGUUCUUGAAACUUGUUGUAAUGAUGUUUUGACCGCUGUAAGCUGUGUGCUGUUAAACAACGUGGUUGCUCUCUGGUCGCGUUUCUUUGAAUAUCCUGAUGUGUUUAAAGGAGCCUCUCCAUCACUAGACAUGCCUUUCUUUCUUUUUUCUCUUCAUUGUGGAUUCAAAUAAGCUCGCAGGGCUUGCCCCUUCUCACAUAGGUGUCAGUAAAUAUUACUUUCAUGUGUUCUAGAACCAAAUAUUUUACCAGGAAAUCAUUCUAACAGGAAUCACUAUGGUGUGAAUGCUUGCCUCAGUCUCCCCAACUAGACAGUAGGAAAGGGAAUCACUGCUGAUCCCUAGAGGCAGGACCUCCAGAAAAACUGGAGGAGGGCCUGUGUGGAUAUUCAUAGUUUUCAAAUGACUGAGGUAUUUUGGAGAAAUAAUAGGCAUUAACACAGUUCCAAGUUCUGUUGCUAAUCGUGAUGCCCUAGAUCAAAAAUCUUUCUCUUGCUCUUAUUAUUUUGAGGAAAGGAUUAUACCACCUGGUAUUUUAUCAGCUGGGUGUGACCCUUAACCAUACCAUGGCAGCAAAAUCCAAGGUUCUUUGAGAAUACACACACAUUUCUACAUCAGUUAACUUUGAAGAAUGGGAAUGUAUGAGAAUUGUUAAAGCCGGCUAUAGCUGUUAAAGCUGCAAGUGGUUUUUAAGGACUUAAGUGAUUGCAUUGAACUUGGAACUUCUCAAAAUAAAAGAUGGUCAAAUGUGGAAGAUUCAUCAUGAUAGUAAUUGAAAAAAUACGUAUUAGGCAUUCCACAAAGGAAUGCAGAUAAAAUAUAUAACCUUUGUCAGUUAUUUACUUGUUGCAAAAGCAUUUGUAAAAUGUGGUGGAUUUGUGCACUUGAUUACUGCAUUGGGGUAUCAGUCUCCAACCUGGUUUACCUCCCUGUCUAGAAUGUCUUCUUUAUUUCUUAAAUUUCAAUCAGUCAAAUGAAACAGGACCACCUCAUUCUUUACCUACAGUGUUUAUUUCCUUUAUGAAACUGAAGCCAUUUAGAUAACUAGUCUGUGUCAAAGUUGCAUUGGAAGCAUACUCUGCAUUCUUAAUGCAGUUAAAAAAAAAUAGCCAUGGAGUGAGAACAUUCCUAAGAGUGUCAUUCUGGAAGAAACCUGGACUGUGAGUCUCUGUCACUGGAGAUGUUGUCACCGGAUCUGUUAAUAGCAUGGCUCUUCUGGAGAGGGCUGACCACUGCAUGCAUUCUGACAGUGAGGUUGGUGGGCCCAGAUAGGAGAGGUCGGCUUAGGGUGUGUGAACACAAUUACCUGGAGAGCAUGAGAACAGAGAAUGACUGAGAAACCUCAUGGAGGAUGGCUGGGUCAGGGCUCUAUUUCCAGUAGUCUUUGGAGUAGCCCUUCCCCACGACCCUGUUCAUCCAGCCUUUUUGAACCACUACCCAUUGCACUUAGUACAAGUUCAUACAGGGGUAGUGCCUCCUUCCUUGGAGGUACGGGAGCACCAAAUCCUAUAGGAAGGUGCAUUCCCUUAGUUGCAGCUCAGAUCUCUGUGUUCCCAGUGGCUCUGACCAUCUAUUCAGGAGGGAUUCAUGGCCUAACCAUGCACAUGCACAUUGUAGACCGCCGUCCUUGUGCCUUCACCUCCAAUGCAUUUCACCAGCAUGAAGUUUGACCCAGGCAGGGACAAUAGAGAUUCUAGGGCUGGCCAGGGCCCAAGUAGCACCGACACACUCUGAGAUUUUUGCAUCCAGCAUGCCUCACUUUUCACAGUUGGGUUUCAUAACAAAGUGGUCCGUUCCCUAGAACGAUACCAGCAGGGCUGAACCUGAAGUCCUUACAUAAACUUGCAAUUUCUCUGACUCCUUUUAUUUUUGUAAGAAGAUCUCUCCAUACUUUGUGGGGAUGUAAUGUUAACUAUGCUCGGGAUAAAAUGUAGACUGUGGGAAAUGGCUGACAUUUGGGGUUUUCAUCUUGCUGUCACUCCCCUGUAAAAUUUGUAAUUUUUUUUUAUACCAUAGGUGGACUUACUCCUGUUAUUCAGCUCAGUUUGUCUUAUUAGAAAACGACAGUCACUUUUAUAGAUGGCUUCCUCGCUGACACUAUGUCAGCACAUGUAGGGUUAUUUUCUGAGUGACCUUUGAAUCAGGCCAGGAGGUAAAGGAGCACGGCAGAAAAUGACUCUAGUGUUGAUGGGAGUGCUUCUGGGAAAAACAGCUGUCCCAUAGAUUUUCUGAGUCACUUUGGUAACUGCCCAGAGUGUGAGGUUUUACUGGGUGUGUCUGAUCUCCCAGUUCUCUGUUAUAUAUCCUAUAGCUUAAUCAACAGCUUCCCAAUCAUCACACUAAGCUAGUAGCAUCAUAGAAGGAGUAACUGGGUUCAUUUGCAUAACACAGACACACAGGAUCCGUGCAUAAACAAAACCUGUGAUUUCUUGAGUACUUGUCCAUCUUCAACCCCUAGGUAGCUGCAGUCUGGGUACCAACAUCUCACCUCUGGCAUCUGUUUAAAGGGGAACACACACUCUUUGCAGUAUAUAACUCCAUAAGGAAUUAGAAUUGGGACCAGGCCAAUUCUUGAUAAGAUCACAGGCCUCUUGGGGAAAAGAGAAUAUCAGAUAUGCAAAAAAUAAAUCUUCAAGAUGACUUUUAUCCCACUUAUAUUACAGAAGUUGAAAAUUAUUUAACAAAUUAGAAGAGGAAAAUUUCCCUUGGUAGCCUUUAAAACUUAAGGUAUUGGAAAGACCCAGGGUGGGAAUUUUGUAUAUUUCUCAUAUUCUCAUUUAUUAAUAAUGUCCCAUGUAUAUAUCUAUAUAUAGAAAAAUCACAGCAAAAUCAAGGGAAACAUUUUGCAUGUAUAAAGCUUCAUAAAGGUCUCUUUGAAAAAAUACCAAAGCUUGUUUAUUCCUUAUCAUUAACCCACCCCUUUAUGAAAACAAAAUGAAGAGAUAGCGAUUGGUAUUGCCAAAAAUGCCAAAUGGAGCAAAGGGGCCUGUAUUCAGAUAUAAUUGCUAAUGCAUCACAGCUAGGAGAGCAUGCAGUUUGGAUCUUGAAGGCUUUGCUCUCCCUUCUUCCUUUGAUUUGUAUAAUCCUGUCUUCCAUAAUUUGGGGAGCCUUUGGAUAGGGGUAGGUACCUGCCACAUGCCUGCUCUUUCUUUUUAUUCUUUGCUCCUUUUACCAUGGGUAUAUUUCAAUCUUGUGUAAAAAUAUGCAUGGACAAGUCAUGCACACAUAUACAUUAUGUAUUUGACAAGUGGUGGUAAAAAACAAAACAAAUUUGGUUUGUGUUCUUGAAAUGUCAGUACAUUUUGUGCCACUAACACUGUGAUGUAUAAAAGAGCUGUUUGAAUGCCUUUUAAUGUUGUGUUUUGUACUUUGGGAUAAUAUGGAAAAGUUUGAUUUGUAAUUUCAAUACAUAUUUUAAAUGUAUUGUGUCUUACGUAGUCUGUUCCCCCUUUAGAAGGGAUUUGUUUUUAAAGAUAUUUUGGCUAGAAUACAGGUUACUUUUGUAAA